AUGACAACUAGCAACAACCCUUUUGAGAGACAUUUAUACAGAUGCUUUGAUGAUUUUAAGGUUCUCAAAAUUCCUUACCGAAGUGGUCAAGACUCUGGUAAAUUUUCCAUGUACUUUUUCCUUCCAAAUGAGAAAGAUGAUAUACAUAAUCUAAUCCAAAAGGUUAAAUCCAAUCCUGAGUUUUUGAAUCAACAAUAUGAGCUGACAAAAGACAAACUCACUGAGUUUUGGAUUCCAAAAUUUAAAUUCUCAUUCGAGUUUAAAGCAAAAGAGACCAUGAAGAAAAUAGGGCUUGAACUACCUUUCAUGGCUGGUGAGCUUACGGAAGUGGUUCAUUGUCCUAUUACUGGUAAGGACAUCUUUGUUUCAGGAGUAUUCCACAAGUCUUGUAUUGAAGUCGACGAGGAAGGGAAAGAAGCCACGGCUAGCACUGCUCUUCUAUUUGAAAGGCAAUGCCUAAGAGUAUAUCCAAGCUUUGUGGCUGAUCAUCCCUUCUUGUUCAUAUGAUUAGAGAAGAGACUCAUGGGAUUGUAUUAUUCUUUGGAGUUAUGCUUAAUCCACUUUUAGACUCCUAACAUGGGGUUCUCAGCAUGAUAUUCUACUGUAAUUUGUCUUUGUUUAAGUUUUUCUUUUUUCUUUUUUGCUGGAAAAUGUAAGGUGUGAUUUGAUAUGCAACUUUUGAUGGAUUGACAUCUUCCGUUUGUAUGAAAAUAAAUCUCUAUUAUAAGACAUACAAAAAUAAACUUCCUA